CGGGAGCGCGCCGGAGAUGCCACUGGUCUGAGCUGAAGCUGCAGAGGCGGCGGAGCGAGCGCUCGCAGGAGAGAGCAGCAUCUACACCCAGCGGCAGCAUCCUCCCGUCCAGCAGUACAGCUUCUGUCUUCAUGACACUUGGAUUCAUAUUGUGAAGAAAUCUGUUGUGCUAAGAAGGAAGGCUUCUGUCUCCCAGCAGGAGAUUAAGGCAGCUUAAAUAAUGCAGAAAAAAAGAUUAUUCCCAAGCAGAGUUUCUCUGGUACUUGUCUUGUGCCAAGUAAUUACCGCACUGGAGGUGCCACUUGACCUACAAGACAAAUUGCCUCAGCCUCCAACUAUUACUCACCAGUCGCCCAAAAAUUAUAUUGUGGAUCCAAGAGAAAACAUUGUGAUUCAGUGUGAGGCAAAGGGAAAGCCCCCGCCAAGCUUCACCUGGACUCGCAAUGGCACACAUUUUGACACAGAAAAAGACCCACUGGUGACAACGAAAGCCAACUCAGGAACCCUUGAAAUAAACAUCAUGAAUGGUGGAAAGGCAGACGCUUAUGAAGGAGAAUACCAGUGCACAGCCAAAAAUGACCGUGGUACUGCUGUAUCAAACGUUAUACUCGUCCGUCAGUCCAGAUCACCACUGUGGACUAAAGAGAAAAUUGAACCUAUUGUAAUACAACAGGGUAUGCCCCUGGUUUUGCCAUGCAAGCCUCCAAAGGGUUUACCUCCACCUCUAAUUUUUUGGAUGGAUAACUUCUUCCAGCGUUUACCUCAGAAUGGAAGGGUUUCCCAGGGUCUAAAUGGUGACCUGUACUUCUCCAAUGUUCAACCAGAGGACUCACGAGAUUUUUACAUCUGUUAUGCAAGAUUUAACCUUACUCAGACUAUCCAUCAGAAGCAGCCCAUUUCUUUGAAGGUUCUAACAAUGGAUGCUAUGAAUGACAGUAUAGCUGCUAAUUUAACUGAAAAUGAUUUUUAUGGUGAUAGCCCGGUGGAUAACAGACCUCCAACCUUUUUGACUUCCACUGGCCAGACAAGUAAUAAAACAGUGCUAAAAGAUGAAGUACUUUUACUGGAAUGUAUCGCUGAAGGACUACCUACACCAGCGAUCCGAUGGAAUAAAGAAGGAGCAGAACUGCCCAGCAACAGAGUUUUUUAUGAAAAUUUUAAUAAAACGCUAAAAAUAAUUGGUGUAUCAGAAGAAGAUGCUGGCAAAUACAGAUGUUCAGCCCAUAAUGACCGAGGGGCCAUUCACCAUGUAAUUACCGUAAUUGUUAAAGCUGCACCUUAUUGGAUCACUAAACCUGAAAAUCUUGUACUAUCUCCAGGAGAUGAUGGGACACUGAUCUGCAGAGCUCAUGGGAAUCCUGCUCCUAGUAUUACAUGGUUAAUAAAUGGAGUUGCAGUUGAAUUGGCUCCUACUGACCCAAGCAGAGUGGUAGAUGGUGAUACUGUCAUUUUUACAAAAGUGCAUGAACAAGCCAGCGCAGUCUUCCAAUGCAAUGCUUCAAAUAUUUAUGGCUAUGUACUGACAAAUGCAUUUGUGAAUGUACUUGCGGAGCGGCCGCGGAUUCUUUCAACAAAAAAGGUUUAUCAAGUCAUUGCUGAUAGACCUGCCAUGCUGCACUGUAAAUCCUUUGGUUCACCUGUUCCAAUUAUAGAAUGGUUUAAAGGUGUGCAGGCCAGUGUUCUGCGUGGAAAUGACUACUUCUUCCAUGAGAACGGGACGCUGGAAGUACCGGUGGCGCAGAAAGACAGCAGUGGCACCUAUACAUGUGUAGCUAGAAACAAAUUGGGGACAGACCAAAAAAUCAUUAAGCUUGAAGUGAAAGAACCAACUAUGAUCAUCUCUCAGCCAGAGUACAGGGUUGUCCAGAGAUAUGGCACUGCUUCCUUUGAAUGCAAAUUCAAACACGAUCGCACAUUAGUAGCAGAUAUGAUGUGGCUGAAGAAUAACAGUGAAAUGCCGGUGGAUGACAGAUACACUUAUGAAAAAGAGCGACUGACAAUCAAGAACGUAACAGAGAAGGAUAAAGGCAUGUACACUUGCGUGGCAAACACUACCUUGGACAGCGUCUCUGCCAGCGCUGAACUUUCUGUUGUUGAGCCCACUCAACCACCUCCAGUAAAGACCGAUCGUCCAGACCCACCCUUGGACUUAGAACUGACCGAUCGCCGUGAUAGAAGUGUUGCACUCUCUUGGGUAGCAGGAGAUGAUAAUAACAGCCCUAUUACAGAAAUUAUCAUUGAGUAUGAAGAUGCAAUGCAUCAACCUGGAGUAUGGCACGUCCAUUCUAAAGUCAGCGGAACGGAGACCACAGCAACCUUAAACCUCUCUCCAUUUGUAAACUACUCCUUCCGAGUUAUAGCUGUCAAUGAAAUUGGUCAAAGUGACCACAGUGAAUCCUCAGAACGUUAUAUGACUAAAGCAGCAGAGCCUGAUACUAAUCCAUCAGGUGUAAAAGGCUUAGGUACAGAGCCGGACAACUUGGUGAUCACUUGGAAACCUAUGAAAGGCUUUGAUUCCAAUGGACCUGGUCUUCAGUACAAAGUUAGCUGGAGGCAGAAAGAUUUUGAUGAAGACUGGACAUCUGUCACUGUGGCAAAUGUUUCCAAGUAUAUAGUGUCUGGCACUCCAACCUUUGUACCGUAUGAAAUCAAAGUUCAAGCUUUAAAUGACCUUGGAUAUGCUCCAGAACCCGCUGUUGUGAUAGGACAUUCAGGAGAGGAUCUUCCAAUGGUUGCACCCGGUAAUGUUGAGGUGGAUGUCAUUAAUACUACUUUGGCAAAAGUUCGGUGGGAUCCUGUCCCUUUGACAUCUGUUCGAGGUCAUCUUCAGGGAUACAGGGUGUACUACUGGAAAGCACAGAACCAAACCAAUCGAAACCGAAGGCACAUAGAAAAAUGGAUGCUGCCGUUUGCUGGAAACAGAACACAUGGGAUGCUUCCUGGUUUGCAGCCCAAUGCCAACUACUUUCUCAAUGUGAGAGUGGUCAAUGGCAAGGGUGAAGGUCCUUCCAGCAAAGAUAAAUACUUCGAAACCCCAGAAGGAGUUCCCAGUGUGGCGUUUUUAAAUAUUUUGCACCGGACACCUGAUUCAUUGACUCUGACGUGGAGCCCACCUGCACAUCCGAAUGGGGUCCUGACUCAAUAUACUUUGAAGUACCAGUCAAUAAAUGCCACUCAUGAAUUAAGCCCACCAGUUGAAAUUACAAUCCCUGCAAAUGAAACAAGUUACAUUCUUAUGAAUUUAGUUCAAAAUACAAGAUACAAGUUCUACUUCUUUGCGCACACUGCUGUGGGACCUGGAAGUCAAAGUACUCAGGAGGCAAUAACAGCAAUGGAUGAAGGUAAGAUGGCUCAGCCAGUCACUCCCCUGAUCAAGAAUAUCACUGCUGCGGAAACAUCAGCUACUGUCCUGUGGAAUUCUGAGAACAUAGAUACCAAGCUGUUUGUUAAAUAUGUAGAAUUGAACAAAGAAGACUGGAAGGAGGAAACUAUAAAUGGUACUCGGAGCUCCUUUGUAUUAAAGGGUUUAUCUCCUGGAACAUCAUAUAAAGUUCGAGUUUAUUCUGAUGAUCACACAGAUUUGUAUUCAGAAGAAACAUUUCAGACAGGUCCAGCCAUGGCCAGUCGACAGGUUGACAUAGCUACACAGGGAUGGUUUAUUGGCCUGAUGUGUGCUGUAGCCCUCCUCAUUUUAGUACUGCUGAUCGUUUGUUUUAUCCGAAGAAAUAAAGGUGGAAAAUAUCCAGUGAAAGAGAAGGAAGAUGCCCAUGCAGACCCUGAAAUACAGCCCAUGAAAGAGGAUGAUGGAACGUUUGGUGAAUACAGUGAUGCAGAAGACCACAAACCUCUUAAAAAAGGAAGCCGGACCCCGUCAGACAGAACUGUGAAGAAAGAUGACAGUGAUGACAGUUUAGUGGAUUAUGGAGAAGGAGUAAAUGGGCAGUUUAAUGAAGAUGGCUCCUUCAUUGGACAAUACAGUGGCAAAAAAGAAAAAGAACCUGUCGAAGGCAACGAAAGUUCAGAGGCUCCAUCUCCUGUCAAUGCCAUGAAUUCCUUUGUGUAGUCAUCAUUAAGUGGUCAUAUUCUCUUUUGCAAGCUGCCACGUUCCAUUCGAUGCACUCAGCUUUCAUUCAGUGGUCCACGCGACGUAGAGAUAUUCAUACUUUGAACAGUACUUUCUAAAUGCAAGCUCUUGUAAGUGGUACUGGAUGUCGGUGUUAUGGUACAUCAUGUUAAUCUUUUUGUUCAGGGUGUAUCGUUUUUCCACAGCGUGCAAAAACAUGCACAGAACCACCAAUGUAACAAAUUGAAGUAAGCCUAAAGUCCUCUAUCUCCUCUAUAUGAACCUGUAAUGCAUGAAAUGAUCCACAUUUCACCUACCAACCAGUGUAUGUAAGCCAUGGUUUGGUCCUUUGUUAUUCAGUCCUUGGUCAGACACCUGGGUAUAGAAUCCGUUUAUUUUGUCAGUAUUAUAGUAGUGUGACAGUGUGUAGAACUUCAAUGUCUAUGUGGACAUUGCUGGUGAAGUUGGUGAAUUUAUUGUAUACUCUACCAUGUCUUUAUACAAGACUAGAACGUAAAUAUAUCUAUACGGCGACUAAAUCAUUGAAGUAUGAUACUUGCAUUUGCUGAUGCUUACUCAAGACCCAAAUAUAUGCUAGUUGCUCCCAUUAUUUUACUGCCUUUUCAACAAAGUAUUAUACGUACGGUGUUGUAUUUUGUACACUAUGUAUAAAUCAGGCUAUAUAGAUUCCAUAAACGGAUCAGCUUUGCAAUGCAUUCUGGGAUUUGUAUUCUUCACAGUCACUGAGGGGACAUUGGAACAUUGGCUUCAUGAACCCCCAUGCAUAUUGUUCAGUGCCUUUAUUUGAUAUGCAUUCCACGAUGCACUGCUCUGCUGGGUAUGUUGGCACGGUAAAGACUGAUGAACUACAGUAUCGAUUUUUGCCAAAAAUGUAAAUUAUGUAAAUGAUAAAGACAUUAUAAAAGCAUUAUUGGAAGAAAAAUAAUCUCUAUUGUAAAAUGAAAUUGUCUAUAUGCUGCUGCAGGUCCACUGUUUACUGACAUUGCUAUGAACAGCAAAGUGUACAUAGCAGAAACCUUGAUCACAUUGAGAAAUGAAAGCACAGCAUGCACUGAGAUCCCUAUAUCGCUCAGAAAUGAGCCCAUCUGUUACUCACGGGGUGUCUCAGUGAAUUUCACCUAGGACUCAUACGCCAAUAUCUACUUUAGAUCUUCUUAGAGGUACAGAACAAAAAAACAGAAUGCAAUCCUGCAAAAGAGAACGGAUGGAUGUCACCUGUGACAGCAUAUUCCUCUUGACUACGUAAACUAUUCCAAUACUGUGGUUUAGCUUCAUAUGAAAUUAUACAACAGCCUAUGGUUGAAGCAAUGCUCAGUUUCAUUUGCCAAUAUAUUGCAUUUUCAUAACUUGCAUCAAGUUUAAUUUUAAGUGAGCUUUUUAUAUGUAGAUAUUUUGUUCAAUUUGUAAAUAUACAGAAAGAUUAGAUGCAUUUAUGCUUGUAGAUGUUACAGAGAAAUAAAGCAAAGAGUUAUGCUGUACUGUGUAAGAAGAACUAUAGCCAACGGAGUGCAUGGUAUUUUCAAGGCAUCUACUUAAAUGCAUAUAUUUUGCUGUGAAAUGACAUAGUGAACUAUUGUAUUUACUGCAGACUUCUUAAACUUGUGCCAGUAUGUUACAUUUGCCAUUCCUCCUCUCAGACACUAUAGGAAUAAAGCACAAGCUUGGCAGCGGUCAAUACACUUCUGUCCCUUCCUUCAUUUACAUUCUCUAUCAGCCUUUUAACUCCUUGGAAUCAGCAACUUGUUUUAAUGUCUCAGUGGGGCCAGAUGGACCUCAAAUAAAUCAUACAUCUCAAAUUUCAAAGCACAACUAGGCAGUAUCCGGUGAUAAAGAGACUUCAAUAGUUUAUCAGUGACUGUGAUGGUCUUUUAUCAAGGGGAAAUCACUGUGACAUAAUUCUGUGUUGUGUCAA